UAAAAACUUAGUAAAAUGUCUUUGAUAACGCGUGUACUGCAGGGUAAUCUGACGCGCAAAAAUGCACUGCAGACGUUGACUCGGUGCGGCUACAGCUCGCAUGCCAAGUUUGCGGAGCACCGGCCCAUCGAAAAGAUCCGCAAUAUAGGAAUCUCGGCACACAUAGACAGCGGGAAGACGACGUUGACGGAGCGAAUCCUCUUCUACACCGGGCGCAUUGCGGAGAUGCACGAGGUGCGAGGCAAGGACAAUGUGGGCGCCACCAUGGACAGCAUGGAGCUGGAGCGACAGCGUGGGAUCACCAUCCAGUCGGCGGCCACCUACACCAUGUGGAAGGACACGAAUGUAAAUAUCAUCGACACGCCCGGGCAUGUGGACUUUACGGUGGAGGUGGAGCGUGCACUGCGUGUGCUUGAUGGCGCUGUCCUCGUCCUCUGCGCCGUGGGGGGAGUUCAGAGUCAGACGCUGACAGUCAACAGACAAAUGAAGCGCUACAAUGUUCCUUGUUUGGCAUUCAUCAAUAAGCUGGAUCGCUUGGGAUCGAAUCCCUAUCGCGUGCUCUCUCAAAUGCGCUCCAAAAUGAACCACAAUGCUGCCUUUAUCCAACUCCCAAUUGGUGUAGAGAGCAACUGCAAGGGCCUGGUGGAUUUGGUAAGAGAGCAAGCCAUCUACUUUGAAGGAGAAAACGGAAUGGACGUUAGGCUGGACGAGAUCCCGCAGGAUAUGCGUGUGGAGAGCCAGGAGAGGCGACAGGAGCUCAUUGAGCAUCUGUCCAAUGCGGAUGAGACUUUUGGUGAAUUCUUCCUCGAGGAGAAACCCUUUUCGGAGGCCGAUCUCAGGGCUGCCCUAAGGAGGACCUGCAUCAAUCGAACAUUUACGCCCGUUCUGGUAGGAACGGCUUUGAAAAACAAGGGCGUUCAACCUCUGCUCGAUGCUGUCAUCGAUUACCUGCCCAAUCCCGGAGAAGUGGAGAAUCUGGGCUUCAUCGAACGGGAGGGCAAGGAUCCCGAGAAGAUUGUCCUCAAUCCAGCACGCGAUGGCAAGGAUCCAUUUGUGGGUCUGGCCUUCAAGCUGGAGGCUGGACGCUUCGGUCAGUUGACGUACCUUCGCUGCUACCAGGGCGUUCUCCGCAAGGGCGACAAUAUCUUUAAUGCCCGCACGAAUAAGAAGGUGAGGAUUGCCCGCCUCGUGCGUCUGCACUCCAGCCAAAUGGAAGAUGUCAAUGAGGUCUACGCUGGGGAUAUUUUUGCCCUGUUUGGAGUGGACUGCGCCUCCGGUGAUACCUUCACUACGAAUCCCAAGAACAACCUUGCCAUGGAGUCGAUCUUUGUGCCGGAGCCCGUCGUUUCAAUGGCCAUCAAGCCAAACAACACCAAGGAUCGGGAUAACUUCUCCAAGGCCAUUGCCAGAUUCACCAAAGAGGAUCCCACCUUCCACUUUUUCUUCGACAAUGAUGUAAAGGAAACGCUUGUAUCGGGAAUGGGGGAACUUCACCUGGAGAUCUAUGCCCAGCGAAUGGAGCGGGAAUACGGCUGUCCCGUGACGCUUGGCAAGCCAAAGGUGGCCUUCCGCGAGACCCUCGUCGGCCCCUGCGAAUUCGAUUACCUGCACAAGAAGCAAUCUGGAGGAUCGGGUCAGUAUGCUCGCAUCAUUGGCGUGAUGGAGCCCCUGCCGCCAAAUCAGAACACGCUCCUGGAGUUCGUGGACGAGACGGUGGGCACCAAUGUGCCCAAGCAGUUUGUCCCUGGCGUGGAGAAGGGCUACCGGGAGAUGGCCGAACGAGGCAUGCUCUCCGGACACAGAUUGUCGGGCAUUAAGUUCCGCCUGCAGGACGGUGGCCAUCACAUUGUGGAUUCCAGUGAGCUGGCUUUCAUGCUGGCCGCCCACGGAGCCAUCAAGGAGGUCUUCCAGAAUGGCAACUGGCAGAUCCUCGAACCCAUUAUGAUGGUCGAGGUGACGGCACCCGAGGAAUUUCAGGGCGCCGUCAUGGGUCAUCUGAGCAAGCGUCAUGGCAUCAUCACAGGAACCGAGGGAACGGAAGGAUGGUUCACGGUCUACGCAGAGGUGCCUCUGAACGACAUGUUCGGCUACGCGGGAGAAUUGAGAUCUAGCACCCAAGGAAAAGGAGAGUUCACGAUGGAGUACUCCCGAUACUCUCCCUGCCUGCCUGAUGUCCAGGACCAGAUUGUGCGGCAAUAUCAGGAAACCCAAGGAGCUUCCCAACCUGACAAAAAGAAAAAGAAGAACUAACUCAGAGCUUAGCACUAGUAAAGUCAUAUUUUUAAGCAGCAAACACUACCAUCUCCCCCAAAUCGUCGUGUCAUUAAGCCAGCUCUAUCCUUAGUUAAAUUUCGAUUCAGUUUUUACUGUGAUAAUCACUCCAUGUACAGUCCUUUUUGUAUAUUAAAGUUGACUACAAAAUACAAACAAA